AUGGAAGACGAGUUUGGAGACUUUCUGCAGAAGCGGGUACGCAACCUGCAAAAGCGAAUGCGGAGGCUCCAGCAGUACGAGGAAACCGUGGCCCAGGCCCCGGGGUCGCUCAACGAGGACCAGAUAGUGGCGCUGUCCAAGAAAGAGGAGGUCGAGAUCCCGCUGAAGAUCCAGCAGAACUUGCUGGACGUCUACAGCGAGAUCCAGGAGAAGCAGACGAGAUCCUUCAGCGAAAAAGAGAUCGAGGCUGCUGAGCAAAGGGGGGCCGCACGGGAGCGGGAAAAGCUCGACAUCACGCUCAAGCUGCUCCACCGUGUGGCCGUGCUCCACCAGCAGCCCGACUCCGGGGCGGAAAUGGCGGCAUUGGCGACCCUGCUGCAGCAAUUGUACACCGGAGACGACCGAGCGUUGGCUGCAGUCGACAAGCUGCACGCAGGCAGCGCCACGGAGAAGAUCGGCGGCCUAACCUUCCAGCGCAUCCGCGGGCUGGCCGACGGAAGCGAGCCGUUUGUUCAACAGGUGCAGUUCAUGAGCGAAGAGCCCGCCAGCAAGCCGCCAGCAGCGAACGGCACGGCGAACGGCCAAGCCAAAAAGCCAAAAAGACGAAACAGAAAGUCUACAAAAGCACAGUAA